AUGUUCGUUGUGAAUACAUUUAUCCGGAAAUUUGAGUUCUCGGAGGCGGUAAUCAAAUCAGUUGGGGUUCCAGUUAAGGCGUCGUUAGCGCUGUUUAUCCGCCCUAAGGUGCUAACUUUGGCCUACAGUCUUGGUGGAGACAAAGGGAGGGAUUUGUCGGUGCGAGAUGAUGAGAUUUUCAAGGAAAGGAGCAUCUCCUCUCCUGUUUUCCGAUGUUGA